GCGUUCGAUUGGCUAACCCAGAGCUUCCGUUAAUGAUUUUUUUUUUCCUUUUCUUAAUCGCGUCAGAUGCGCGUAGUGAAUGAUGCUUUGGAUGCUAUAAAAGCCCAGUUUUUCUGAUUGCUCAAAAUCCAUCAAACCGUUUCCUACUCUCUAAGUGAAGUGAUCCAGAAAUCUUUUUCAUUUCAUUUGCGUUCUGUUCAAAUACACUGAGCUUUGAUCAUAGUUCUGUUUUAGUGCUGGUUGAAUAGUUUUAUCAAAAAUGGCUGAGGAGCAUCACAACAAAGGCCCUGAGUGCGAGAGCAACGUUGCUGGUGAGGGAGCUGUGGAGACCCAGGACCGAGGGUUGUUUGAUUUCUUGGGGAAGAAAGAGGAGAAGCCCCAAGAGGAGGUGGUGAUCGCCACUGAAUUUGAUGAAAAGGUUAAGAUAGAAGAGACAAAGGUGGAGGAGGCAAAAGAGGAAGCAGGAGAGGAGAAGAAACACAGUCUCCUGGAGAAGCUUCACCGAUCGGACAGCAGCUCUAGCUCUUCCAGCGACGAGGAGGAAGGUGAAGGAGAGGAGAAGAAGAAGAAGAAGAAGAAGGAAAAGAAGGAGAAGAAAGGACUGAAAGAAAAGAUCGAUGAGAAGUUGGGAGGAGAAAAGAAAGAAGAGGAGAUCAAGCACGGGGAGACCUCAGUCCCAGUGGAAAAGUGUGAUGAGCCAGUUGUCCAAGCAGAGCCAGAAAAGAAAGGUUUCCUUGAGAAGAUCAAAGAGAAACUCCCUGGACAGCACAAGAAAGCUGAAGAGGUCCCCCCUCCUCCUCCUCCACCCCCAGCUGAGUGCGUCGCCGCUGAGCCCCAUGAAGGCGCCGAGGCAAAGGAAAAGAAGGGAAUUUUGGAGAAAAUCAAGGAGAAGCUUCCUGGUUACCACUCCAAGACAGAGGAAGAGAAGGAGAAAGAAAAGGAGAGUGCUUCCCAUUAAGAAGGCAAUCUGUUAUUUCCAAGUAAAUGCUGAUGCUUGUGUGGUUUAUUUGUUGAAAAUGUCUCUUCUUUUUUGGGGUUGUAUAUUUCAUAUAAGUUCUCUUUCCUCCUGCUUUGAUUGUAAGUUUGCUAUAACAAAAAAAAAAUAUUAAAGUUUGUUUAUAUAAGGGUUUUUAAUCAUAUACUUAGUACUAGUAUUUCAUGAUAUGUGAGAAAGGAUAUGUCAUUUCCUUCCUUUCCUAUUUUUGUGAUUUCGACAUUAUUAAUGUAUUAAUUUCUUCUGUUCUUGUGUA